AUGGACGGCUUUGGUGCGGACGAAUUCACCUUUCUAGACGCCGCUGUCGAGCUGAUUCACGAGCUGCUAUGCUACAAGGACGGCCUCCGCUGCCAGCUCGACGCCGGCGCCUGUCUAUUCGUCGCUCGAAGCCCGGAAACGAUGCGCUCGCAUUGGCGGAAAGCAUACCGUAGAUAG